UAUUUAUAUACUAUUAAUAAUUAACAAUGGGUUUGAAAGAAAUGGAAAUGGGUCUUCUCUUUGAUUCCCAAUCAAACAACCAGAAGAAAUUGAUUUAUGGCCUCCCUUCUCCUUCCCCCGUCGCCAAAUGUUGCGAUCCUCGGUUUCUGAGGCUGGUUGCUCGUUCCGUUGUUUUGGCGGUUAUUAUGGUUUCUUUUCCUUGGCUGAAUGUAUCAUCAUCAUCGUCGUCGUCGUCGUGGUCUAAUAAUCUGAACCACGCCUUUAAUGAGGGUAUCGUCGAAAAGCACGACCGUGUUGUUCUGGUUACUAGUAGUGACAGCAGCAAUGAUGCUGACAGCAGCAUCAUUGCUGCGGUUACUGGUAGUGACAGCAGCAAUGAUGCUGCAGUUGCGGCGUGUGAUGAUGAUGUCAUCAGAUGCCGCAACGGUCUGAAGGGGCGGCGGCUACUGGCGGCGACGGAAUCGGACGCCAAGGCCGCGGCCCUCGAGAGGCUUGAAGACGUCCUGCUUGAGCCGCCAAGGGCAGCGUCGGGGAAAUCAAACGCGUACCGGAAGAAGACGAGGUACUUGCCGGAGCUGAUGGGCGUCUCCUUGGAGAACUACCCAAGGAGGGUGUUCAUCGACGUGAGCUACCUGUCCGGGGAAAAGAGCGCCGCCGCGGCUGCCGCGUCGGAGUGGUUCGCGAAGCACUACCCCGCGGGGAACGCGGAGUUCGAGACGUUCCAGAUCGAGGCGGUCGCGGGGGCGGAGUCGCCGCCGCCGGAAGGCCAGGCGGGGGGCGGGGGGAUGUCGGAGUGGCUGAGGAAGAACGUGGAGGAGAAGGACUACGUGGUGAUGAAGACGGUGGCGGAGGUGGCGGAGGAGAUGGUGAAGAGCAGGGCAAUCAGGCUGGUGGAUGAGCUUUUCUUGGAGUGCAAGCAUCAGGGGAUCAAGAAGGGGGGUGAGAAAAGUAGGAGGGCAUAUUGGGAAUGUUUAGCUUUAUAUGGUAUGCUCAGGGAUGAAGGUGUUGCAGUCCACCAAUGGUGGGGUUAAAAUAUUAUUACCCUUUUUUUAUUGAGUACUAUAUAUAUUUACUGCCAGUACCAAUUUAUGGUUAUGUAAAAAAACUGUGAGAGGGUUUGUUUGUUAUGUGACAUUUUUUUAGGCCUGAAAGAAAAAAGGUUAUCCCUG